AUGGUUAAUGUGCAAUUAUGGCAAAAUCCUGGCUUCCCAGACGUUUCAAUUCUUCAAGAAGUUACUACGGAAAUUUUAGUUAAUUUUCGAAAGUGCAAGGAAUUGAAGGCCAAACUUCAAUUGCCAAAUAAUGAUAUUAAUGAAUUAAGUCGUAUGUUCAAUGAUUUAACUGAACAAAGAGCCGUAAAAUCGCUAAGAAUGUCAAGAUAUGCAGCUGAUAUAGUUGAGUAUAUACAUAUGCUUACCGAGGAAGAUGUGAGCGUUAGCGCAAUUAUUCAGACUCUUAAGUUGUUAUCAAAUACGGCUAACUCUCAGAAAGAUGACUGUGAAAAAUUGAAAAGGGAUUACAUUUCCUUUUACAACAUUUUGAAAAAUCUCAGAAUUGACGACUACGAAAUUAAUGAAAUAGAAGAAAUUAAUAUGAAACGAUUAAUAGCGGAAACGAUUGCUAAACCUACAUUAGUUUUUCUUAUCGUAUGGCUCAUAACAUAUUACAGUAGAGAUUAUGUUUAUGAUUUUGGUAGAUUCAUAAUUGACGUCAUUUAUCAAUACAAUUCCGGUCCUGCCGAUGAACCGCAAAAAAAUGAGGAUUUCGCGGAUUCAGUUUAUACGAGUCAGGAAGAAUCUUUUACUGUUUCUCAAAAAAAUUCUAGUUCCAAAGAUAAUAUGUACGCAACUUCUGUGAACUUUGCCGAUAUACAACCAAUUCUUGUGUCAUCACCAAUGAUUGCAUGCUAUGCCUUAACCAUGUUUGUUUGUAAAAAGAGAAAACCGUUUUUUAGGCGAUGGAGGAUAUUAUUGAAUCGGUUUGGUAAUCAGAUUUUCAGAUUUUUUAACCGAAAUGAAUAUGAACUGAUCCCCACGGAAAACGAGAGAUCGAGUCUUGUUCAAUACAUUGAAAGAAUCAAAGAUCGACUUCCAGUAAUCAUAGAUAAUAUUGAUGUAUUAUGCCAAUUUUGGAAUGCACAGAUUGUUACUAUCAACGAUAAUAUUUCAUUUUUAGAAUCAGUAGAUGCAACUAGAGAAGUUAAGAUACCCCGCCAAAUCGGGAUGGAAAUUGAGAAACUUUGGAAUGACGAACACAAUCGUUGCAGGAAUUGUCAUUACAAUUUGAAUGAAAACGUUAUUUUGAAUUCUAUGCCUGGAAUCAAUGUAAUUAAUUAUUUAGUUGUUUAUUGUAUUUUUUAG